AUUAGAUACAAUGUUGUCAAUCUAGUCAGCAAUGUCUGAGAAAUGGUCGAAAAUGCUAAAAAGAAGAAAUACGUUAGCUGAACUUGCUAUUCAAGCAAAUAUAAAUCAGAAAAAAGUAUGUAUGAGUGAAAGAAAAUUGAUAAAUCAACGAUUACUGUUGAUUUUUUUUAAUUAGUUUUAUCUUAAGACAAAUUAAUAGUAAAUGACAGAGCUCUUGGGGAAAUGUCUUACUUUCGAGAGGUUUAUUAUCAUUCAUAUAUAUAUAUAUAUAUAUAUGUAUACAGUAUAUAUAUAUAUGAUGCAGUGUAUAAAUACAAGUAAAGCUAAUAUGAUGAUUUAUUAGACGACAUCAACGCAGUAUGAAGUAUACACGCCGGUAAACUCUUAAAUAUAAAAACAGAAUUUAAUGGAGAGUUUAUUAGCGUCUAGGAAACAAGGCUACGCUGAAAAGGUAAUUAGAAUAAGAAAAAAGCUAUUCUAAUACAUUAAGAAGGUUGAAAAUAAAGGGAGCGUUCAUUUUUACUUGACUGCCGCUAGAAACGAGCUUGAACGUGAUACAGUCAAUAGUCGAUAUACUGAAAAAUUACGAUUUUUUUUACUGUUUGAACCUGGCGCACCUUUUUUUUCUUUUCAUUUUCUUUCUGUGAAGUCAACCGACAGUUUCGAAAUAAAAAGCAGUAAACAGAUUUUAAAGAAAAAAAGUGAAAAAGACUGUAUGAGAGGAUAAAAAAUUUAGCUUACAUGUAAAAUACGCCAAAAAACUCCAGGAUAUGACAAAGUUUAGGGAUAAGGACAAAGAUUCCAGUCUGGUACUAAAUCUCUUAGAAGUUCAGCAAAAGCUCAAAGAGGAAAAAGAAGCAAGACGAGCACAUCUUGACGAACGACAUGAAUAUUUAUUAUCAACUAUAGCUGAUUGUCUUGGAUUAGAAAAAUCCGAAGUUGAAGAUGGCAUUCUGGAAGAUUGUCAAAUUAAGGCAAUGGAUGAUUUUUUCAAGGCCGACGGGUCAAAGCAGAUUAUGUUCUUUUAUCAAGAACCGGAAGUUAUUGAAAGAGAAGGAGUAGAACACGUCCGACUUGGAGCCAGUGGAAAUAAACCUAUAAAAUCCAAUAAGCCCAGAGUUUUUGUAACGAAUGGAUACGAAGUCGCCUUACAUGGUCAGUGUCUGAUGUUUUAUAGAGCCAAUCCUUCCCAAGCAAUUACUGCUACAAAUCUUACGCAAGAAAUAAGCUUUACUUUAAUGGAUUCAAAUGCAGCCACAAAUGGAAAUGGUUUAUUAAGUGCGAUACAAUCACUUCUCACUUCUGUUUAUAUACCUUCGUUAAGGAAAAUGAAUAAAGGUUGGGGGCAUCUGGAUACUCAAUUUCAAAAGAGAAAUGAUUUUUUAAAUACAUUGGAUGGUUUUGUGUCCGUACUGGAUGGCGCUCAAGAUACACUUGAAGAUAAAGUGCAAUUAAAAGAGUGCGGAAGAGAAGACUUACUGAAGAAUAUUAGAGGUCCAUCCGAUUAUAACAACGCUGCAAACAACACUGAAACUUUAAAGGCUGUUGAAGAAUGUAUGGCAGUCUGGAUGAAGCAGAUAGAACAAGUCCUAGCUGAAAGUGAACAAAUGAGAAGGGAAGCGGAUAAUAUAGGACCAAGAGCAGAGUUAGAUUAUUGGAAGAAAAGAAUGUCCAAAUUUAACUUUAUACUAGAUCAAUUGAAGGGUAAUGAAGUGAAGAAAAUUCUUGGCAUACUAGCGGCCGCUAAAAGCAAAACUAUUAGACAAUGGCAAGAUUUAGAUAGAAGAAUUACUGACUAUGCAAAUGAGGCAAAGGAUAAUGUUAAAUAUUUAUAUACUCUCGAAAAAUUUUGCGAUCCACUAUACAACAGUGAUCCAGUCGGAAUGUUAGAUGCAAUACCGGGUCUUAUUAAUGCGAUUCGAAUGAUACAUAGCAUUUCCAGAUUUUAUAAUACCUCUAAACAUAUGACUUCACUAUUUGUUAAGAUAACUAAUCAAAUGAUUACUGCUUGUAAAGCUUAUAUAACAGACGGUGGAAUCGAAACAAUAUGGACACAGGAAACAGACUCAGUUUUAAAGAAAUUGAAAGAUUGUAUUAAAUUGUAUGAUAGCUAUCAAAAUCAUUUCCACAAGACUAAGGAAAAGUUAGAGGAAGUACCAGAGGAAAGACAAUUUGAUUUUUCUGGUGUCUAUAUUUUUGGUAAAAUGGAUACAUUUACCAAAAGGUUAAAGAUGAUAAUUGAAAUGUUUGAAACAAUGGGACUAUAUUCGCAUCUAGCCGAUUCGAAAAUCGAAGGGAUGGAACUAAUGAGCAAUAAAUUUCAAGUGAUCGUUAUAAGUAUGAAAAAGAAAUCGUACGAUUUCUUAGAUCAUAGGCGUCAAGAGUUUUAUAAUGAUUUCGAAGAUUUUAAAAGACAGAUUAGCGAUUUACACUCGGCUAUUGUAAAUUUUAUGGAUCAAAGAUUCGAAAGAAUUCAUAAUACUCAAUUUGCAUUAAGUCUAUUGAAAAAAUUCGAAUGUUUAGGUCUACCGAAUUUAGGGAUUGAAGAUAAAUAUCAAAGAAUAUUAUCUCACUACGCAAGAGAUGUUGAUAUUAUAACCAGAAUCUACGGCAAAAAUAAAACUGAGCCGCCCAUUCCGAGAGAUCUACCUCCAAUUGCCGGAAAAAUAACAUGGGCUAGACAAUUAUAUAGACGUAUCCAAGAGCCAAUGGACGCCUUUCAACGUCAUCCAUCUAUUCUUCAAACUUCAGAAGCCAAAAAGAUAAUCAGAAACUACAAUAAAUUAGCUAAAGUCUUGUUAGAAUUCGAAAUGAUGUUUCAUAGAUUAUGGAUUCGUCAAGUUGAGGCUGCAAAAUCCGGUUUACAAGCAUCGCUUUUAGUAAGGCACCCAGAAAAUCCAGAUGAUCUCUUUGUUAACUUUGAUCCACAAAUUCUCACUCUAAUAAGAGAAACCGAGAGUAUGAUAAGACUACAAUUGGAAAUACCGCAAGCGGCUCAAGCCCUAAGAGCUAAACAUGAUUAUUUCAAGAAAACCUAUAAUGAAUUAACACUAAUGAUCGGUGAAAUUAGAAGAGUAAAAUCUAAAAUACCAGAAGCUUUUAAAGAAUUGAUGCAACCUCACAUUCAAAAGGUAAACGAUGCUAUUGAACCAGCAAUAAUUGAAUAUACCUGGACAACAACCAAAGUUGACGAUUAUAUCCGGCUUGUUUACGAAAGGCUUGCUGAUUUGGAAUUGAUGAUGAACAGAGCAAACGACAUUGUUGAAUUUAGAAUAGAAGCCGUUCUCGCAGAAAUGUCUACUAUCUCACUUUGCGAAUUACCCGAAGACGAGGCUUGGAAGGUUGAUGAAUUCGUUGAGAGAACUUCUCAAUUAUGUUGUAAAGGAGCUUUACAAUUGCAAUCUAAGAGCGUUAACGUAGAGGAUGCUGUAAAUGAAUUAAUAGCCAUGUUGUGGCAAUCAGCAGCAGAGGAGGAAAAUGACUUAGAGGGUGAAGAGGAUGAGAAUGAGGAGAAUAGUGAAGAUGGUCGAGCUUCUGCUUCACCUUCAAGAAGAACAGCUGCUUCCAAAAUGUCCAGACCUCAAAGUACAAAGAGUAAUAGAGCUGAACAAGUAGCCAGAAGGAAAGCUGCUCAACAAGAAAAUCUGAAGGAAAAAGCUCAAGAACUUUUAAAUCAUUUUAAUACGAAAAAUCUUCAAGCUAUACUCAAAGUUACACGAAAUACUUUAGAAUCAAUUAGGAAACGAAUUUCUUCUGGCGGAAUAAUGAUGUAUUCUUCCCUAUCAUCUAAAGAUGACCGAAAAGACCAUCAACCAUUCUUUAGAACUGAUGCUUGUCUUGAAAUACCAAAUGUCGUCAUGCGCCCAUCCUUAGAGGAUGUUCAACACGCUGUUACCAAUUCUGCCCACGUCAUUGUUAGCGUCUCAAAAGGCGUAUCUCAAUGGAAUAAAAAACUUCAGAAAAAACCUAUUUGUGAUAGAUCGUCAUCGUCUAUGGCUGAUCAACCUUCGUUAGAAAGAAGACCUAGUGCUACCAGUAUGGCUCCGUCGGAGGUUUCGAGAUCUGAUCUUGGAACAAGAGUGGGUGGACGAAAAGACCAACAAUCUUCGAAUCCCAAUCAAAUUCAAGAAAUGCCAAAUAAUUACUUCUUGAGUGUGUCCACAAACAAGGACAUCUCUAAGCUUAUAUCGAUUUUAUCAACAUCGAUAAAUGCAACAAAGAAAGAUGUUCAAACAGCUCUACAACAAUUUCACAAGUUUAGCGAUGUAUGGGAGGUCGAUAGGGAAGAAGACUUACAACUCUUCCUUAAAGAUGCACCUAAUCUUAAUGAAUUUGAGCAGAAGAUUUUCAAAUAUGAAGAAUUAGAAAGAGAAAUUUUAUCUAUGCAAGAAAGUGUUAGAAUAGGCCCAAUAGCUAUAUUUACCCAGGUCCUUAAAGAUGGUCUAGUAGCUGAGACUCGUCAAUGGUGCCUUCAUUACGGAAAGCAUUGUAAUAAUAAAUAUAGAACAAAAAUGAAUGAGAUUCUUGAAUUUAUUGAAGAUGUUGUGAAACGUUUAUCAAGACCAAUCAAAGACUUGGAUGACAUUCGUUUCGCCAUGGCAGCCCUGAAGGAAAUACGAGAAAAUGAAAUUAGAAUCGACAUGGAUAUCAGUCCAAUCGAAGAAUCGUAUGCUAUGCUUAAUAAACACGAGCUACCAGUUGUUAAAGAAGAAGCAGAAAAGUGUGAUACUCUACGAUACUCGUGGCAAAAAUUACAAAGUCAAACAGUCGAAGUUGCCUCAACCUUGCUAGAAAUCCAACCUAACUUUAGAACAGAACUUAUCGAUAAUGUUAAAAUAUUCAUUAAGGAUUGUGAUGAAUUCUAUUAUAAUUAUGACGAGAGAGGUCCGAUGGUUGCCGGCAUUGAACCCAGAGAAGCUUCGGAUCGCCUAGUAAUCUUUCAAAAUACAUUUGACACACUAUACAGGAAAUUUAUUACAUACACUGGAGGAGAGGAAUUGUUUGGUUUACCCGUAACUGAAUAUCCUCAAUUGCUAAAGAUUAAAAAGGAAUUAAAUCUGUUACAGAAACUUUACGGUCUAUUUAACGACGUUAUUGAUACAGUUCGAGGCUAUUAUGAUAUUUUAUGGACGGAUAUUAACAUUGAGAAAAUUAACGUAGAACUUCAAGAAUUCCAAAACAGAUGUCGUAAGCUACCGAAGGCUUUAAAGGAGUGGCCAGCUUUCGAAGUUUUACGAAAGACUAUUGACGAUUUUAACGAAAUGGUUCCUCUACUUGAAUUAAUGUCUAAUAAAGCGAUGAAAGCAAGGCAUUGGCAGAGAAUAGCAGAUUUAACUGGCCAUACAUUCGAUGUUGAAAGAGAUGAUUUUGUAUUAAAGAACGUUUUGGAAGCUCCACUUGUUAAGUACAAAGAAGAUAUUGAGGACAUUUGCAUAGCGGCUGUCAAAGAAAAGGAUAUUGAAGCUAAGCUGAAACAAGUUAUAAACGAAUGGAAUGGCGUCGACUUUACUUUUGGAUCAUUUAAGAGCAGAGGUGAAUUAUUACUUCGAGGAGAUUCUACUUCGGAAAUUGUAUCGACAAUGGAAGAUUCUCUUAUGGUCUUAUCCUCUCUGCUAUCUAAUAGAUAUAAUGCCCCUUUCAAAAAGAAUAUUCAAACAUGGGUACAGAAACUAUCAAAUUCUUCGGAAAUUAUUGAAAAUUGGAUGACUGUACAAAAUCUUUGGGUAUAUUUAGAAGCAGUCUUCGUUGGAGGAGAUAUUGCAAAACAAUUGCCCAAAGAAGCUAAGAGAUUUUCAAAUAUUGACAAAUCGUGGAUAAAAAUAAUGACGAGAGCUCACGAAACGCCCAAUGUGGUACAAUGCUGCGUGGGAGAUGAAACACUUAGUCAAUUACUACCUCACUUAUUAGAACAAUUAGAAUUGUGUCAGAAAUCUUUGACAGGUUAUUUGGAAAAGAAACGUUUAUUAUUUCCGCGUUUCUUCUUUGUUAGUGACCCUGCUUUAUUGGAAAUUUUGGGUCAAGCAAGCGAUCCUCAUACUAUCCAGGCUCACUUACUUAGCGUGUUUGAUAAUAUAAAAUCAGUGAAAUUCCAUGAAAAACAAUACGAAAGUAUUUUGUCAAUUCAUUCUUCAGAAGGUGAAACAAUUGAUCUCAUCAAACCUGUUAAAGCUGAAGGUAACGUGGAAAUUUGGCUAAUGUCUCUAAUGCAAAUGGCACACAAAUCUAUGCACAACGUUAUUAGAGUUGCUGCAGUGACAAUUUCAGACUCGGGUUUUCAAUUAUUGGAAUUUUUAGAAUCUUACCCUGCCCAAGUAGGUCUUCUUGGCAUUCAGUUGAUUUGGACUAGAGACUCAACAAAUGCUUUAAUGAAUGCAAGAUCUGAUAAAAAGAUUAUGAAUCAGACCAAUCAAAAUUUCUUAAGCUUAUUGAAUACGUUAAUCGAUCAAACAACAAGAGAUUUAACAAAAGUAGAAAGAACCAAAUUUGAAACUUUAAUCACUAUUCAUGUUCAUCAAAGGGAUAUCUUUAAUGAUCUAGUAUCAAAAAAUAUAAAGAAUCCAUUGGAUUUUGAAUGGCAGAAACAAACAAGAUUCUAUUUCCAUGAAGAUACAGAUCGCUGCUGUAUCAAUAUUACGGAUGUCGAGUUUGAAUAUCAAAAUGAGUUUUUAGGGUGCACCGAGCGUCUUGUAAUUACCCCUUUAACCGAUCGAUGUUACAUCACCCUCUCUCAGGCUUUGGGAAUGUCAAUGGGAGGUGCCCCUGCAGGUCCAGCUGGUACGGGAAAAACCGAGACAACAAAGGAUAUGGGAAGAUGUUUGGGAAAAUAUGUCGUCGUUUUCAAUUGUUCGGAUCAGAUGGACUUCCGAGGAUUGGGAAGAAUCUAUAAGGGUCUUGCUCAAUCUGGAUCUUGGGGAUGUUUCGAUGAGUUUAACCGUAUCGAUUUACCCGUAUUAUCUGUAGCUGCCCAGCAAAUUGCUAUCGUACUGACAUGCAAAAAAGAAAGGAAGAAGCAGUUCAUAUUUACCGACGGUGAUAAUGUAGCAAUGAAUCCUGAAUUUGGCAUCUUCUUAACAAUGAAUCCAGGCUACGCUGGACGUCAGGAGUUGCCUGAAAAUUUAAAGAUCAAUUUUAGGACAGUAGCUAUGAUGGUUCCUGAUAGACAGAUUAUUAUAAGAGUUAAACUAGCCUCUGUUGGUUUUAUCGAUAACGUUGUGUUAGCUCGAAAAUUCUUUGUUCUUUAUAAAUUGUGCGAAGAACAACUCACAAAACAGGUCCAUUACGAUUUUGGUUUGAGAAACAUCUUAUCUGUUUUGAGAACAUUGGGAGCCGUCAAACGUUCAAGUCCAAAUGAUACUGAGCAAACAAUUGUCAUGAGAGUUCUUCGAGACAUGAACUUGUCAAAACUAGUUGAUCAGGAUGAACCUCUAUUCUUAUCACUAAUUAACGAUCUCUUCCCUGGUAUUACUCUAGAUAAAGCUGGUUAUCCUGAAUUAGAGUCAGCAAUCAGGAUGCAAGUAGAAAAUGCUAAAUUAGUUAAUCAUCCUGCUUGGGUAUUGAAACUGAUUCAACUUUUCGAAACUCAACGUGUUAGACAUGGUAUGAUGACUCUAGGUCCAUCCGGUGCUGGCAAAACUUCUUGCAUUCAUAUCUUAAUGAAAGCUAUGUCUGAUUGUGGAGAACCUCAUAGAGAAAUGAGAAUGAAUCCAAAAGCUAUUACAGCUCCCCAAAUGUUUGGCAGAUUGGACGUUGCUACAAACGAUUGGACAGAUGGUAUUUUCUCUACACUUUGGCGUCGAACACUUAGAGCUAAGAAGGGUGAGCAUGUAUGGUUGGUUCUUGAUGGUCCCGUAGAUGCAAUUUGGAUCGAAAAUUUGAAUUCCGUAUUGGACGACAACAAGACAUUGACUUUGGCAAACGGAGAUCGUAUUCCAAUGGCUGCUAAUUGUAAAAUCAUUUUUGAACCUCAUAAUAUCGACAACGCUUCUCCAGCUACUGUUUCUAGAAACGGUAUGGUUUACAUGUCAAGUUCAGGUCUUAAUUGGAGACCAAUUUUAGAAGGAUGGCUUAAUAGUAGAUCAGUUCAAGAACAAGCCAUCAUAAUGGGGCUAUUUGACGACUCUUUCAGUCAAAUUUAUAGAUAUGCCAUUCAAAAUUUUGUUUUCAAGAUGGAUGUCCUUGAAGCAUUUGUUAUCAGACAGUGUUGUGAUCUCUUACAAGGAUUAAUUCCUCCAACCAGUCAUGGUGAAAGUCCGUCAAAAGCUUUUUAUGAAAAGUUGUAUGUAUUCAUAAUCAUGUGGUCAAUUGGUGCCUUCCUUGAGUUAGAUGAUAGAGCGAAAUUCGAAGAAAUGCUUCGAAAGACAGAGGAGUUCAAAUUAAAUUUGCCAGAUUUGGGUGAAGGUGAAGGUAACGAGGGAUCCAUAUUUGAUUAUUUGGUGGCACAAGAUGGCAGUUGGGUUCAUUGGAAUUCUAGAGUUCAAGAAUAUAUCUAUCCAAAAGAUUCAACUCCUGAAUACGGCUCCAUUUUAGUACCAAAUGUCGAUAAUGUCCGAACAGAUUUUCUCAUUGAAACAAUAGCCAAACAAGAAAAAGCAAUUCUUCUCAUUGGUGAACAGGGAACAGCUAAAACAGUCAUGAUAAACGGUUACAUGGCAAGAUAUAAUCCUGAAAAUCAUUUAGGAAAGUCAUUCAACUUUUCAUCAGCCACAACACCAUUAAUGUUCCAGAGGACUAUUGAAAGCUAUGUCGACAAACGAAUGGGUUCAACUUAUGGACCCCCAGCAGGAAAGAAGAUGACAGUUUUCGUUGAUGAUAUUAAUAUGCCAGUAAUCAACGAAUGGGGAGAUCAAAUUGCAAACGAAAUUGUACGUCAACUGAUGGAAAUGAGAGGAUUUUACAAUCUGGAGAAGCCUGGUGAUUUUACAAAUAUUGUAGAUAUUCAAUUUAUGGCUGCUAUGAUCCAACCUGGGGGAGGUCGAAAUGAUAUACCCCAGCGUCUUAAGAGACAAUUCAAUAUCUUCAAUUGUACACUACCAUCAAAUACAUCAAUCGAUAAAAUAUUUAGUAUUAUUGGCUGUGGUCAUUAUUGUGCAGAAAGAGGAUUUAGUGAGGAAGUCAGAGAUAUGGUUGCUAAAUUAGUUCCAGUCACAAGGAGAUUGUGGCAGCUAACAAAAAUUAAAAUGUUGCCAACACCAGCUAAAUUUCACUAUAUUUUCAAUCUUAGAGACUUAUCUAGAAUAUGGCAGGGCAUGAUUAAUACACUUUCGGAUGUUAUUAAGGACGUUCCUACCCUCUUGGCUUUAUGGAAACACGAGAGCUGUCGAGUCAUAGCUGACAGAUGCGUUGAAGUGUCGGACGUUCAGUGGUUCGAAAAGACUAUUCAGCGGGUUGUUGUUGAAGAUAUUGGAGAAGAUUUUGGUCAAUACACUGAAAAUUCGAGAUAUUUCAUGGAUUUUAUGAGAGAUGCCCCAGAAGCAACUGGAGAAGAACCGGAAGAUGCUGAUUUCGAUAUGCCGAAAGUGUAUGAACCUGUCGAAAAUUUUGAUCAACUGAAAGAUCGUUUACAGAUGUUCCUUCAACAAUAUAAUGAAUCUAUUAGAGGAUCCGGCAUGGAUUUGGUGUUUUUCACUGAUGCAAUGAUUCAUUUAGUAAAGAUUUCAAGAAUUAUCAGAACUCCAAGAGGCAACGCUCUUCUAGUAGGUGUUGGUGGCUCUGGAAAACAGUCUUUAACAAGAUUGGCAUCGUUUAUCGCUGGUUAUAAAACCUUCCAAAUAACUCUGACACGUUCAUAUAAUGUUUCCAAUUUGCUGGAAGAUUUGAAAUACUUAUACAGAGUAGCUGGACAUCAAGGUCAGGGUAUUACCUUUAUCUUUACUGAUCAAGAAAUAAAGGACGAAGGCUUCCUUGAGUACCUUAAUAACGUUCUCAGCUCUGGUGUAGUAUCUAACUUAUUCGCCAGAGAUGAGUUAGAUGAAAUUACGCAAGAACUUAUAUCUGUUAUGAAGAAAGAAUAUCCUAGAAGACCACCUACAAAUGAAAAUCUUUACGAUUACUUUUUAAGUAGAACAAGACAGAAUUUGCAUGUAGUACUUUGCUUCUCACCAGUUGGAGAGAAAUUUAGAUCGAGAGCCUUGAAAUUUCCAGGACUAAUUUCAGGAUGUACAAUGGAUUGGUUCCAACGUUGGCCAAAGGAAGCUCUUAUUGCUGUAGCUGAUCACUUCCUUCAUGUCUUCCCGAUGGAAUGUUCACCUGAAAUAAAGAAACAGGUUAUACACAGUAUGGGUACUGUUCAUGACGGAGUCGCCCAAAGUUGCUUAGACUAUUUUCAAAGAUAUCGACGAACUGCUCAUGUAACUCCUAAGUCAUAUCUAUCCUUUAUAGCAGGAUAUAAGAAAGUUUAUGCGACUAAAAAGAAAGAAAUAGGUGAUAUGGCUGACCGUAUGGAUACAGGUUUGGCUAAAUUAGUUGAGGCUGCCCAAUCAGUGGCCGAGUUAGCUAAGGAGUUAGUCGAAAAGGAAAAGGAAUUGGCUGUUGCUUCAGAGAAAGCAAGCGAAGUUCUGAAAGAAGUUACAGUCAAGGCUGAAGCAGCUCAAAAAAUUAAAAAUCAGGUGCAAAAAGUUAAGGAUAAAGCUCAAGCUAUUGUAGAUUCUAUUGAAGCCGAUAAAGUUAUCGCUGAGGGAAAGUUGGAAGCAGCUAGACCUGCCCUUGAAGAAGCUGAGGCAGCUCUAAACACUAUUAAACCAGCCGAUAUUGCAACUGUCAGAAAACUUGGACGUCCUCCAUAUUUAAUUACGAAAAUUAUGGAUUGUGUACUCAUUCUCUUCCAGAGAAGAGUUGAACCAACAGCUAUUGAUGAAGAAAAAGGAGGAAUUAAGACUAGUUGGUCAGAAAGUUUAAAAAUGAUGUCAGGAGGAAAUUUCUUACAAGCUUUACUUUCCUUCCCUAAGGAUACUAUAAAUGAUGAAACUGUUGAGCUGUUGCAACCUUAUUUCGCUGGGGAAGAUUACAACAUGGAACAAGCAAAGAGAGUUUGUGGUAACGUUGCUGGACUUUUGUCUUGGACUACAGCUAUGGCUAAAUUCUUUUACAUCAACAAAGAAGUAUUACCUCUUAAGGCUAAUCUUGCUGUUCAAGAGGCCAGAUUACAAGCUGCAAUGGGAGAUUUGAACAAAGCUCAGGCUCAAUUAGACGACAAGCAGAAGGAGUUAGAUAAAGUUCAAGCAGUUUACGAUAAAGCUAUGAAAGACAAGCAAGAUCUACUUGACGACGCUGAUCGCUGUAAGAGGAAAAUGAACGCAGCUUCGGAAUUAAUCAAUGGAUUGGCUGGAGAAAGAGAGAGAUGGACAGAACAGAGUAAAGAAUUUAAAGCUCAAAUUGGCCGAUUAGUAGGUGACAUUUUAAUGUGCACCGCCUUCCUUUCCUACUCAGGACCAUUUAAUCAAGACUUUAGAUCUUUAUUAAACAAACAUUGGACAAAAGAAUUAAAGACUAGAAAAAUACCUUAUACUGCAAAUCUUAAUGUUCUUGGUAUGUUAACCGACCCUACAACAGUAGCCGAAUGGAACUUAGAAGGCUUACCUAAUGAUGAACUUUCUAUUCAGAAUGGUAUAAUUGUUACAAAAGCAGCAAGAUUUCCUUUACUCAUUGAUCCUCAGACACAAGGUAUUACUUGGAUUAAGAACAAAGAAUCAAAGAAUGAGCUACAAAUUACAAGUUUAAAUCAUAAGUACUUUAGACAACAUUUAGAAGACGCAUUAAGUUUAGGAAGACCAUUGCUUAUUGAAGAUGUGGGCGAGGAAUUGGAUCCGGCUUUGGACAACGUUUUGGAAAAGAACUACAUAAAAUCAGGGUCGACUUUCAAAGUAAAAGUUGGUGACAAAGAGGUUGAUGUUAUGGACGGAUUUAGAUUAUAUAUAACAACAAAACUACCCAACCCCAUCUAUACUCCAGAGAUAUCGGCCAGAACUGCUAUUAUUGAUUUCACCGUUACAAUAAAGGGUCUUGAAGAUCAGUUGCUUGGUCGGGUAAUUCUAACUGAAAAAGCGGAAUUAGAAUCCGAAAGAGUAAAACUAAUGGAAGAUGUAACAGCCAAUAAACGGAAAAUGAAGGAAUUGGAAGAUAAUUUAUUGUUCAGAUUAACAUCAACUGAGGGUUCAUUAGUUGACGAUGAAAAUUUGAUAGAUGUAUUAAAAACCACAAAGGUUACAUCGGUAGAUGUCAACCAAAAAUUACAAAUUGCUGCCGAUACAGAAAUAAAGAUAAAUGCUGCAAGAGAAGAGUUUAGACCAGUAGCUACAAGAGGCUCAAUUCUCUAUUUCAUUAUCGUUGAAAUGUCAACUGUAAAUGUAAUGUAUCAGACAUCGUUGAAACAAUUCUUAGGUCUUUUCGAUCAAUCUAUGGCUAAAUCUCAAAAAUCACCUAUCACUCAAAAGAGAAUGCAAAAUAUAAUUGAAUAUAUGACUUUUGAAGUAUUCAAGUAUACAGUAAGAGGACUUUACGAAUGCGAUAAGAUGAUGUUUACUCUCUUAUUAGCCAUGAAAAUCGAUAUACAGAGCGGCAAGAUUAAAAGAGAAGAAUUCCUUACGUUCAUCAAGGGUGGAGCAUCUCUAGAUUUAAAGGUCGUACAGCCGAUACCUGCUAAGUGGAUUACUGAUACAACAUGGUUGAAUUUGGUUGAAUUAUCUAAUUUACAUCAGUUCUCGGGUAUUUUAGAACAAGUUGCUCGUAAUGAAAAACAGUGGAAGUCUUGGUUCGACAAAGAGGCCCCUGAAGAAGAAACUAUACCAGAUGGCUACAAUAACACACUAGAUGUAUUUAGAAGAUUAUUACUAGUCCGAUGUUGGUGUCCGGACAGAACUCUGUCUCAGGCCAGAAAGUACGUCGCUGAUUCUCUUGGCGAAAAGUAUGCUGAAGGGAUAAUAUUGGAUGUUGAGAAAGUUUGGGAAGAGAGUGUCAGCAGAACCCCACUUGUUGGUCUUCUAUCUAUGGGUUCGGAUCCAACAAGCAGCAUAGAGGCUUUGGCUAAAAAGCACAAAGUUGAAUGUCGAGCUAUUUCUAUGGGUCAAGGUCAAGAAAUUCACGCUCGUAGAUUAAUGAGCAAUUGUAUGACAAACGGUGGUUGGGUACUAUUACAAAAUUGCCAUUUGAGUUUGGCAUACGUUAUUGAGGUUAUGGAUCAAGUAUUAGAAACUGAACAAAUUCAUGAUGAAUUCAGAGUAUGGGUAACGACCGAAAUUCAUCCAAAAUUCCCUAUAACAUUUUUACAAAUGUCUAUAAAAUUCACAAACGAACCACCUCAAGGUGUAAAAGCUGGUUUAAAGAGAACAUAUGCAGGUGUUACGCAAGAUUUCUUAGAUAUAUCUAAUAUGCCACAAUGGAGGCCUAUGCUUUUUGGUGUGGCGUUUUUGCACUCUGUCGUUCAGGAACGAAGAAAAUUCGGUCCAUUAGGCUGGAAUAUACCUUAUGAGUUUAAUACAGCCGAUUUUAACGCAUCAGUUCAAUUUGUUCAAAAUCAUUUAGACGAUACCGACUUGAAGAGAGGUGUGAAUUGGACGUGCGUUCGCUAUAUGUUUGGGGAAAUUCAAUACGGUGGUAGAGUUACAGAUGACUUCGAUAAACGUCUACUAAAUACUUUCUGUAAAACAUGGUUUAAAGAUGAGAUGUUUGCCAGUAGCUUCAGUUUCCAUAAUGAAUACGUUAUACCGAGUGGCAAAAAGAUUAACGAUAUCAAUGACUAUAUAAAUGAUUUACCAAAUACCGAUAGUCCCGAGGUAUUUGGUCUUCACUCAAAUGCCGAUAUUACCUAUCAAACAAAAACGGUUAAGUCUAUUCUGGACACAACUUUAAGUAUACAACCCAAAGAUUCGUCUGGUGGUGGAGGAGAGACCAGAGAAAGUUAUGUUUACAGAUUAGCUGAUGACAUGCUUGAUAAACUACCGAACGAUUACAUACCAUUUGAAGUACAAGAGAGGUUGCAAAAGAUGGGUAGCUUACAACCAAUGAACAUCUUUUUAAGGCAAGAAGUUGACAGAAUGCAAAAGGUUAUCUCAUGCGUUCGUUCGACACUAAAUGACCUGAAAUUAGCUAUCGAUGGUACAAUCAUUAUGUCUGACUCUUUGAGAGAUGCCCUCGACUGUAUGUUUGAUGCUCGUAUUCCAAAUGCCUGGAGGAAAAUUUCUUGGGAAUCAUCUUCUCUCGGCUUUUGGUUUACUGAAUUAAUUGAUAGAAAUAAUCAAUUUCAUUCUUGGGUAUUCGAGGGUCGACCUACUUGCUUCUGGAUGACAGGAUUCUUUAAUCCUCAAGGAUUUAUAACUGCCAUGAGACAGGAAGUUACCCGCGCCCACAAAGGCUGGGCUCUCGAUACCGUAGUUCUAACUAAUGAUGUGAUGAAAAUGAUGAAAGACGAUGUCAAAGUUGGACCGGAUGAAGGAGUAUACGUCUACGGCCUCUUCUUAGAGGGUGCAGCAUGGGACAAGAGAAAUCAUAGAUUAAUAGAAGCGAAAGCCAAAGUACUUUUUGAACAAAUGCCAAUUAUACAUAUCUACGCUAUCAAUUCGCUAACAACAAGCGAAACUAAGAAUACUCCUCUAUACAUAUGUCCGAUAUAUAAAAAGCCGAGAAGAACAGAUUUAACCUAUAUUGCGGUUGUACAACUAAAAUGUUCCAAAACUCCAGAUCACUGGAUCCUAAGAGGAGUGGCUUUACUUUGUGAUACAAAAUAGAAAGACUAUGCAAAAAGCAAAACAAAACAAACCAACAAAUAAGAGCACAGAAGAAAGAAAUAAUCUAUUUUAUCAGUUUCUAUUCCGUUUUUUGAUAUCAUUUUUUUCCUAUUAUAAACUCUUUAUUUACAAUUAUUAAUAUAUAUAUAUAAAUUUUCUUUGAGGGAAGCUUACGUCUAUUGUUUGUCAUUUUUGCUGAGAAAAAAGAAACAAGCGUAAAGCUUUUCAUUCUCUCUCUGUCCAGGUGAUAAUUCUACGUCUGUGAUAAGUAUGUACAGAAAAAUAAGUAAAUAAACCAUUAGUAUUAUUAAUUAAUAGUUUAAAAA